AGUUCGAGUUUGGCUUUCGACGUGUUCGGUUUGAGUCGCGGAGCGGUACUGCUACUCUGUCCAGCCAACGAUCGUGAUUCUAAAAAAGUUUAUUUAUUAUACGUUUACGAAACCUUUCCCAAUUUAACAUUCGUUUAUUAUUUGUUUAAAAUAUAUAUUUUAUUUUAAAUGGAAUAAUUUUAGAAGUAAAAAGUGAUGAAUGCCUUUUGAAUUCAAUAAAAGAAUAUAAAAUACCGGAUAACGUUAAGAUCCCCUUUGUGCGCUUCGCGUCUCGUUUGUGUCAAUGCGCUUCACCAAUAGGUAGCUCUCUUUUCCUCUUAGUUCUUAGUUGAGUUGGAUUUACCUGAGUUUUGCUACCUGUAGUCUGUAGUGUAAUAAAUAAAAUUAUAAAAAGAAAAGAAGGGGAAGGAAGAAUGAAAUUAUCAUCAUCAUUUCGUGUUGGUUGUUCGUGUGUGUAAAGCAGCAAUUCAGGUUUUGGAUUUUUCCGUCGUUCGGUCGUUCCAUGAAAUGCAUUCGAAAGCAAAAAUGCUGUGUUGCCUCUUCAUCCCUGCCUUUCACAACGACCAUCAUCAUCAUCUGCAACUGCAAUACCACUAUCAGAUCCAGCUCCAGCAGCAGCAACAGCAACAAAAGCAGCAUCCUCAUCAACACUGUGGACUUGGCCUGCGCCUGUGACUCAUUUUACAAAAUUCUUCAUUCGAAUCCAAGAAAAUAUUCUAUUGUGAACAAAUAGCUAGAGGAUUACAAUAUUUCUUUGUUUAACCACUCACUCUCGUUCCUCAUACAAACCGAUACGUGAAAAUAAAAUAAAAUAAAAUAAAAUAAAUAAGAACCGCAUUGUGGAAUACGUAUACGACAUCGGGUCGGGUACUUUAUCGCUUACCUUUAUAUUUACCUGUAUUUUUUUUUUCUUUUUUAAAUUGAAAUAUAUGUACACAUACAUAUAUUGUACAUAGAAAGUAUAAUAUAGUUAAGUGAAGAUAAAACAUAAAUAAAAAGUUGAAAAGCAUUGCAACUUGACAGAGAAUAAAUAAUCUAUUAUUUUUAUUGAUUGUGCUCUCACUCUAUUCACAUACCUUACAAAUUGAAAGGAGUUAUUUUUUUUAAAAGUUUAAUUAACCAAAUGAAAACAAAAUCAAAAUGUCUCUUGGAGCAUUAAAUUUACUUUUAACAGUGGCGUGGUGUUGCGGGGCAAUAGUCGCGGUUGUCGGGGGCGGUGAAGUUGAUAGUGAAUUGUCGCCGGCGGUGAGAAGCACAGGAAUCGGUUACAAAAACGACACUCGAACGACGACGACACAACGACUCCGACUGAAACGUGAAUCGAAUUCGGUGUAUCAAAAUCCACCUACGUUACGAAAUGGCGGCGACAGCAUUUUCUUCGGAAAUGGUGGCUCGUCGGGUGAGGAUUGGAAUUUGGUGGAUAAUCGUAAGCCGGCAUUCAAAAACUGCCUCGAAUAUGCUUCUUCGGUUAAGGAAGAACAACCCGAAAACACUUUUGUUAUUCAAGUGCAGGCCGAGGAUCCGGAUCCUGGCCAGACAAUUAAGUACAGCUUAACUCAAUCGCCUAGUGAAAGGCCAAAAUUCCAUAUAAAUUCAAAUACGGGCGUUAUAGUGACGGCUCACACAUUCGAUCGUGACGAACCGAUUCAUGAGAAGGCGGUUUAUGUGACGGUACAAGCGACCGAUGACGGAAGACCGCCUUUGGACGAUGUUUGCACAUUCAAAGUGACCAUCGAGGAUAUAAAUGAUAAUCCACCGGUGUUCAACAAGGCGAAAUAUGAUGAAUCAAUGUCGGAGGACUCACAACCCGAUGCUAUCGUGAUGCGAAUAUCUGCGACCGAUUUGGAUGAUGGCGACAACAGUAUUAUAGAAUAUGAAAUUUUGAGCGAACGUGACUUUCAAUAUUUCCGAAUCGACAAAGCUGCCGGAAUAAUAUACCUUAAUCGAGCCAUUGACAAACGUCCUGGUCAGUAUUACACAAUUACAGUACGAGCCUAUAACAUAGUUCCAGAUCCACCACAGGAUGCACAAAUUGAAGUGCGAAUUCGAGUAAUAGAAUCAAGUAAAAAACCACCAUCAUUCAUAAAUCCCAUCGAAACUACCAUUUCUCUUAAGGAAGAUUUUAAAGAAUAUUCCCAACCGAUUGCCACUCUGAAAGCUGUUUCUAAUGUACCUGAUAAACCAGAAGUUAUUUUCGAACUGAUUACCGGUCGCACAGAACAAACCAAUAGCAAAAACACAUUUGUCUUCAACCAGAUUGGAAAUACCGUCUCGAUAAGUUUGGGCAAAACUCUUGAUUAUGAGGCUAUCACGGAUUACACUCUGACGAUGUCAGUGCGGAAUAUCUACGACCUGGUAGCGGAACAUGUAAUAAAAAUAAAAAUUGAAGAUGUUAACGAUAACAUUCCUUUCUUUACGGAGGUCAAAACGGGGACAAUUUUGGAAAACGAACCAGCAGGAACGCCUGUAAUGCAAGUGCGAGCUUUCGAUAUGGACGGAACAGAAGCAAACAAUAUUGUUUCGUUCGAGUUAGCUGACAACAAAGAGUUCUUUGCCAUCGAUGCACAUACAGGUAACAUAACAGCCCUGACAACGUUCGAUCGAGAGGAGCGGGACUUCUAUAACGUUAAGGUGAUUGCAAGUGAUAACUCGCCAUCGGCGCUCUAUAAGAAUGGAGAACCUAAUCGUGGACAGCAAGUCUUUCGAAUUGAAAUUGCCGAUAAGAACGACCACAAACCGCACUUCCAAAGACCGGAGUAUCUGGCUGAAAAACUUGCCGAGGAUGCUAACAUUAAUUAUAUAGUUAUCGAGGUGACAGCAGUUGAUGAAGAUAAUGCUUCACAAAUCGUAUACACCAUCGAAAGUGGAAAUGUGGGCGAAUCAUUUAAAAUUGAAGCAAAAACCGGAAAGAUUACCGUUAACAAUCGUUUGGAUUACGAAAAAAUCACUGAAUAUGUUCUUAAGAUUCGAGCGUUUGAUGGAAUUUACGAUGAUUAUGCUACAGUGACGAUUAAAAUCGAAAAUGUCAACGACAAUCCUCCAGAGUUCAAGGAAAAGUACAGCAAGACCAUUCAGGAAGAACAAGUUCCAGAUGAUUGCAUUCUGGAAAUUGAAGCUUUCGAUCCAGAUAUAAAGGAUCCCUUGGCUGAUCAGCAAAUCAAGUACUCAGUGACAAAGGAAGAACAGAAAAAGUUGUUAACUAUCGAUGAUAAGGGAUGUUUACGACUGAUCCAGCCCCUCGACCGAGAUCUUCCUAAUGGUCACAAAAACUGGCAAGUCCUGAUUUCAGCAACCGAUGAAAAUGGAAAUGGUUUAAAGACUGCAACACCAGUAACCAUAACCUUACAAGACAUCAAUGAUAAUGCACCGUUUUUAACAAAUAAGAUGCCAGUUAUAUGGCAGGAAAAUCGAAACCCAGGACAAGUUGUGCAGCUGCAAGCUAAUGAUUAUGACGAACCACAGAAUGGGCCACCAUUUACGUAUGGCAUUGACCCGGGAUCUUCUCCAGACAUUAAAACUAAAUUCUCCAUUGACAACGACUAUUUGUUUGCGAAUGUUCAGUUCGAUCGAGAGGAGCAGAAAGAGUACUUCAUUCCUAUUCGUAUCAGUGACUCGGGAACUCCCAAGCAAAGUAAUGUCAGUAUUCUUCAUCUCAUCAUAGGUGACGUCAAUGAUAACGCCAUGAGUGCAGGAUCUAGUAGCAUAUUCAUCUACAAUUACAUGGGGAAAGCUCCCGAUACAGAAAUUGGUCGGGUAUUUGUCGAUGAUCCAGAUGACUGGGAUUUGGAUGACAAAACAUUCGAAUGGCGGGAUAAAGCCGAAGAGGGUGAAAGAUAUUUUUACCUUAAUCCAAGUAGCGGAAUGAUAACAAUGAGAGAAGGUAUUCCAAGUGGCCAUUAUGAUCUUUACUUCAGGGUGACAGAAGAAUCUACUUUUAUACCACGGCAUUCAGUUGAAGCAGAAGUAUCCAUCAUAAUCAAAGAAAUCCCAGAAGAAGCAGUCGAUAAAAGUGGUUCCAUUCGCUUUGUGAAUAUAACAAAAGAAGAAUUUAUCUCAGUUCCACGCUACGCGGGUCCAAAUGAACUAAGUUUGAAGGAUCAACUUCAGAAGAGUCUUGCAAAAUUGUUCAAUAUAUCUUUGGAGAAUGUGGAUGUGUUUACAGUGCUAGAGCAUGCACAUCGGACACUCGAUGUAAGAUUCUCAGCACACGGCAGUCCCUACUAUGCACCAGAGAAGCUGAAUGCUAUGGUUGCGCAAAAUCAGAGGAAAAUCGAGAACGAAUUGGAUCUAGAAAUGCUUAUGGUCAAUAUAGACGAGUGCCUUAUCGAAAAGUUUAAAUGCGAAGCUUCCUGUACGAAUAUCCUACACAAGUCAAAUGUGCCCUACAUGAUUUACUCAAAUACGACGUCCUUUGUGGGGGUUAAUGCGUUUAUUGAAGCCGAAUGCGUGUGUGAAGAAAGGGUCAGGAGACAUUGUUUAAAUGGAGGCACUCUUAAUGAUGACGAUAUCUGCCAAUGCUUGGAAGGAUUUAAUGGGCCGCAUUGCGAACUUGUUUUGAUAGGCUUCUAUGGCACUGGUUAUGCGAUGUACCAGCCCGUGUCACCAUGUGAUAAUACGAAAAUUUCCAUGGAAAUCUCUCCGCAAACAGAUACUGGACUCAUUAUGUACAUUGGACCACUGAACUAUAACCCGCUGCUGCCAAUUUCGGACUUCCUUUCACUUGAACUAGUUAAGGGAUAUCCGGUGCUAAUUGUUGAUUACGGUUCUGGGGCAAUACGAAUCGAACACCGUCACAUACAAUUGCAAAGUGGAAGGACUUACGCUUUAGAUAUCGUUUUACAAAGCACAAGUAUUGAAAUGACAGUAGACAACUGCAAGCUGUCAACUUGCAUGAGCUUAGGAGCUCCGCAAGGUCCCAACGAGUUCCUUAACGUAAAUGCUCCGCUUCAACUGGGUGGAACUCCAAUCGAUUUAGAAAGACUUGGUAAACAACUCAAUUGGACACACAUUCCCAAAACGACCGGAUACUUCGGUUGUAUUCGAAAUUUGACUGUUGAUGGCCACACAUAUAAUUUGGGAACACCGUCAGUUUUUAAAAAUGUCGACCCAGGAUGCCAACCUUUUGUGGCAGGGGCUGUUUCAUUUGGUAUAGAUCGAAAUUUCAUCAUAGCGCUCUUGAUCUGUAUUGCCCUAAUGCUGAUAAUUCUGCUAGCUGUUGUUGUGCAGAAAAAACAGAAAAACGGAUGGCACGAAAAAGACAUUGACGAUAUCCGAGAAACUAUUAUCAACUACGAGGACGAAGGUGGCGGUGAACGAGACACAGAUUAUGAUCUUAACGUGCUACGCUCUCAGCCCUUCUAUGAAGACAAGAUUUACAAGGAUAACAUGCAUCCGAUGCAAGAUAGCAAUGAUAUCCCCGACAUUGGGGGCUUCUUAGGCGAUAAGAAAGAAAACUGUGACAAAGAUUCGGGCGCGUAUCCCGUCGACGAUGUGCGACAUUACGCGUACGAAGGUGACGGCAACAGUGACGGUAGCUUAUCUAGUUUAGCGUCGUGCACAGACGACGGCGAUCUCAAUUUCGACUAUCUGUCGAAUUUCGGGCCGCGAUUCAGAAAAUUGGCCGACAUGUACGGUGAAGAGCCCUCCGAUACAGACUCAAAUGUCGACGACGACCAGGGCUGGCGGAUAUAGUUAAAAUAGUUUUUGAAUAAAUAAAAUUUCAUUAAGGACUUCUAAUAUAAUUAAGAUUAAAAGAAAUAAACUAUAUGUACAUUUAGGUUAGAAAAAAGAAAAUGAGAAACGGAGUGGAAAUAUAUUAUUGAAUAGUAUUUGCCAUCCAAGUGAGAAAGAAAGGAAAAUAAAAGAAAUUAUUUUUUAAAUAUUUUAUACAAGAAAAGAAUUUGUUUAUAUUGAAAAUAACCUUCAAUUCUUGGCAGUUAUGAUUUUUCGGUUAACAUCGGUUGUUCGGUGGUUCUUCGUUGGUGGCAAAUUAAAGGAUUUUUUGUGGAAUAUCAGCAUUAUGGAUGGAGGAAGAGCAGUAUGCACCCUAUCCAGUUGCUUGGCCACCAUCAAUGCAUUAAUUAAAAGGUAUUUUUCCUAUGGAAAAUGUUUAACCAACCAACUGUAACUCGACUACAUUUAUUGGUUACUUCUAAGACAUAUCCCUUCCAGCAACAAUUACUUUGCGUGAAUCAGGCUACGCAGACAAUUUAGAUAUAUCUAUUCAUUUACACUUUACAUUAAUAAAAUAUAAAAAAAACUAUAUAUACACAUAAAUUAUAUAACUGUUAAAAUAGAAGCAAAAUAAAGACACAAACUAGUGUACCUACAUAUUUUUAAAAUUUCACUAAAAACAUAUUAAAAUAUUAAAAACAAGCCGAUUUUGUACGCAUACAAACGCAUAAAAUUGUUCGAUGUAAAAAAUAUCGUAAAAAUCUCGUAAGUAAGGCUUUUCAAGUUCUUUAGCUUUGUAAGUCAUUAAUUAUACUCCUAUCCUUUAAGAAUCUUUGCAGUGCAUUGAUUUGACACAGUGUAUUUACAAAACCACCGCCGUCGUCAAAAGUGGCAGCAACUGACGUUUAACAAAUUUUUUU